AGUGAUCCCACUCUUGGGUACUAAUCCACUACUCUCCAUGGAGAAGUCUCUUGCCAGUGAUUCCAACUCUACCAGUUUGACCAUGAAGAUCAGUGGGGGUUUCCUACUAUUGUUUGCCCUGGCUCAUCUCUGCCUAGCCUCCCGAGUUCCUGGUCAGAAUUUAGGGAAGGAAGACUGCAGCAUUUAUAAGAAGUUCCCAGUGUCAGCUAUUCCCUGCCCUGUUACAUAUUUCCCUGUGUGUGGUUCUGACUACAUGACUUAUGGCAAUGGAUGUCAUCUGUGCAUAGAGAACUUGAAAACAAAUGGAAAAGUGACUUAUCUUCGUGAUGGACAUUGCUAACUCCCCCCAUGAAUAAGAGAAUAGAAAAAUGGUAACUUCAUCAUCUUCAUCACCAUCUGAACCACUUUGGUUCCCUGAUGUUUCCUGCAUGUGUGUGGGUGGGCUGACUGAUGUUCCAAUCUAGUUGCUAUUCUCUGGCAGUACCUGUGGUAUCCCUCCUGCCCUUACAUAUCUGUAAAACACAACACAUUUAGUUUUCCUUUUCAAUAAAAAUAAUAUUACUGAAA